AUGCUGCACCAUUCCACGGGGUUACAGGUAGAUAUGCCUGGUCGUAAACCGUAUACUCGUCUCUGGAAUUAUUCAUAUCGCGGCGCUCAGUUAGAUAUAAAUUUAACAUUCGAUGGUAUUUCAGCAAAUCCAUUAUUAUUCAAGACCAGUGAUCCAUCUGUUGAUGAUCAUCAUUUUGCACUCGCUGAAUUGUAUAGAGAUAAUUGGAACAUUAAUGAAUUAACAAAACAGUUAUUCAUAAAAGUUGAAACAAAACCCACUAAUCCAGAACUAGUAUAUCAUCCAUUAAAGUGGUUUUAUAGUUUAAUUAAUACUCAAAAGAUAGAAAUAUAUCUAACAAAACACGAUCGAUUAUAUGUUACAACAUCAUCAAAGUCAUAUUUAAAUGUGUUUUCAUUUCAUUCAUCUUGCCUUGCUGGGGAUUCGACACCAUUUUUCCGAAAUUUAUUUUCAUUUAAUAAUUAUUCAAAUUUGAAAACAGAAGCAAAAAAUGUUAUUGAUUAUAUUUAUCGUGAAAUAUCAAUGGCAACACAUCUGGAUAUUGAACAAACUGAUGUUAAAUCAAUUGAAAAAGAUAUAAUUAACAAUAAUUUAAUUAAACAUAAUGUUAUAAAAUUACGGGAUCAUCAGAUAAAAUCAAUUGAUUGGAUGUUAAAACGAGAGAAACUAUUAUCAUCAAAUAUUGUGUUUACUCCUCUAUAUUCUUGCUACGAUGUUCAAGAUAAACAGUUUUACGCCCAUAUUAUGGAUGGUUAUGCAGUUGCUGUCGAUGAUGUUGAUGAUAUACGUGAUCAACAAUUACCAUUACUAGGCGGUAUUCUUGCGGAUGAAAUGGGUUUAGGUAAAACGAUGUGUGUUUUACUAACAUCUUUAUUGAAUCCAUGUUCACCAUCCUUUAUUGAUAAUUCUGAAGAAAAACUACAAAUCUUACAACCAUUUGAAAGUCGAAAACGAAAACUCUCUGAUGAUUAUGAUGAACCAGAUGAAGAACCUGAAGUAAAGAAAAAAGUAACGGAAAUACAAAAGAAUAAGGAGAAUGAACUAACAACAUCAUCUGUCUCAUUGGCUUGCAUCUGCAUGGAGGACUGUGGCAAAGAUCCCCUAAGAAAAAAUAAACGUAAUCGAGUAGUAUUAACAUGUAUACAGUGUUCCCGUGGUAUACAUCAGAACUGUUAUCUUAUGAAUGACGAUACAAAACAGCCAUUUAUUUGUCCAUUUUGUGAACAACGAAUAAAUAAUAAAGUAAUAACUUCACCGGCAACGUUAAUCGUUGCACCACAAGCUAUUCUCAGUCAGUGGAUUGCUGAAAUUCAAAAACAUAUUGAAAGUGAUAUUAGUUAUUAUAUUUAUACAGGUGUUAACAGUUUGCCAGCACCUGAUAUUAAAUAUUUGACUAAACAAGAUUUUAUAUUUUGUACAUACGAGAAUCUUCGAAAAGACAUUCACCAUGAUGAAACAUGUAUUAAAGAAUUGCGUUCUACACGGCACGCAGCAAAAGGUGGACAUAGCAGACGUUAUGACUAUUUAGUUAGUCCAUUUAUCAAGUUUUGGCGUUUAUGUCUUGACGAAGCACAAAUGGUAGAUACACCAAAUACACCAGUGUCAAAAAUGGCAAAACAGUUGCAAGCUCAUCAUAGAUGGUUUGUUACUGGUACUCCCUUUUCACGCAGCACCAAUGAUUUAGUUGGCAUUAUUCAAUAUUUAUUUCCAAAUUCACUAAAGGCUUUGAAUCAAAUAUCGUUUAUUGUUCGUAAUCAACAUCGAAUAUCUGAUAUAUUUCUGGCUUGGACAUUACAUCUUCUUUUACCAAUUACGCGACGAACAUCUCGUGAUUAUUUGAAUGAUUUGCCUACACAACAUGAACAUAUUGUUAAUUUACAGUUUUCAGAAUUAGAACGUAUUUAUUAUAAUGAUGUAUGGACAAACUGUCGAGAAGAAUUUAUUGGAGCAUUUCGAGGUUUAUGGUUAAAACGUGAACGGGCAAGACAAAAACCGGGUGAACAAUUAAACACCACACCUUCAUGGCUAACAAUGGCGUCGGAUAAAGAUGAUAUUGAUAUGAAUGAUAUCAGGUUUUUGUCGUCAAGUGCCCGUAGUGCGUUAUAUACACCAUUGUUGAAAUUAAGACAAGUGUGCUGUAAUCCAAGUAUCGGUGCACACGGUGUUAGACAUACGGAUGCAACACUAGUUCAUUAUUAUAAUCGUUUCCAUCGUAAUGGACUUGCUGGUGGAUGGGUUUGGCGAACAAGAAAUCCAGAAUUAAAACCGCUGACAACAACAGAGAAGAAUGCUGACGGUUCAUCGAAAGUAUUUACAAUGAAUGACUUGUUAACAUUAUUGAUUGCAAAAGAAUUUGAAGCUGGUGAAGAUGCUCUACGUUUGGCAUUGCUGAACAUGAACGCUUUGGCAGCAAUGUAUCUGAUACAAUAUUUUCAUGAAGAAGCAAGGCCAGAUUAUAUGGAGGACGAAAAAAAAUCAUCACAAUAUUAUCUCCAGUUAGCUGUCGAUACAUAUAAUAAUGUCAUGAAAACAGCUAAUGAAUAUAAACAAUGUUUUCACAGUGAUUCUUUUCAACAAGCACAUGCGCUUUACAAUCUUCAACAGUGCUUACAAUUAGAUAGUGCGGUCGCAUCAUCGGCAGCUACAACCUCCACAAUAACUCGUCUCGCGUCCGUAAUAUCCUGUGAUGAAGCUAAAGAACAAUUUGAUAAAAUCAAAAAACGUUAUCAUUCUCAAGCAAAUAAUGAAUUAGACAAAUCAUGGGAUGAAUACAAUGAGAAACUAAUACCACUGAAUGAUGUUAAAAAUGAAUUUGAAAAGAUACUUCAAUCAAUUACAGAUGUCAUUCGGCCAGCAUUACAUGGACAAGAAAUAGAUAUUCAUGAUAUUGGUCGUGAAAAACGUUUUACAUUUAGAACAUGGGAUGGUUUUUUAUUAUAUAUUGUGGAAAAUUUUAAACGUGUACAAGAAAUUCGUUUAAAUGUUGUGAAUGAAUUAGAAUCGAUAGCACGUGAUCCAACAGAUGAACAAGUUGCCGAAUAUGCGCGAUGUAGUUCAUGUAUGGGACGUGUUGAAGAACAAACAAUAAUAACGGAUAAUAUGGGUUUCGAAAAGAGACAGCAGCGUCAACAUAAACGAGACGAAGAUAAAACAGAUGGUCCAACAUGUGUAUUUUGUCAAUGUGAAGCACUUCUUAACUCAUACAAUAUUUCCUUACAUCCUGAGUUGUAUUCCGCUAAACAUAUACAAGAAAAUGAUGGCAUUUUACUUGUCCAUUAUAUCAAUGAGAUAUUAUCUAAAGGAUCAUUACGUUCUGUGGACGCAACUCGUCAAUUGGCCAAAAUUUUGAGAACAGAAUGGACAAAUGUUUUAAAAAAACUACGUAUUGAAAAUGAUUUUGGACGAAAAUAUCAACAACAAACACGAAUAUUGUAUGCUUCUCUCGACGAAAUGAGAAUGUGUACAUUGAGACUUGAAUUAUGGCUAGAUACGAAACAUCGUCCGGCAAAAACUGAACGUAAUCGUUAUCUCUAUAAUGUGGAUGAAAUUGAAAUUGAACGAAUUGAACAUCAACAAAAAUCAAAAGAAUAUCUUACAAAUGUUGCUAAACGGAGACAACAAUUUCGAUUUUUUCAAGGACAACAAGAUGAUUAUUUUCGAUCUAUUCAAGCCUUAUCAGACAGUCGUGUUGAUUCAAAAAUGGAUACUGAUGAUGUCUCGAAAUGCGGCGUAUGUCAUGAACUAUUCAGUGAUGAAUUAUGUGAUGUUUGUUUUUUCUUAUGUGGUCAUGUUUACUGUCGAGCAUGUACACUUCAGUGGAAAAGUCGUCGUGAUAUUCCAACUGCUUCGUUGACAGUCAUUAAGUGGAAAGAUAAAAAUACUGUUGCUCCCAAAAUAACAACUACGCCAGUAAAAACCAUAAUGGACAAAAAUACCUCGUUCGCAUCAAUAGCUACACCAAGAUCACGCCGUUUAUUAGAAGCUAAACAACAUUUAAGCGUUCAUGAACGUUACGGAUCAAAAGUUGAUGGAAUUGUUACAUUUAUUGUUAAUCUAUUGAAUAAUGAAAAUGUGGACGAUAAUACUGCUGCUACCACAGCAACAGCAACAACAACAACAAUGACUGCAGAAGAACAACCUCCCCUGAAAAUUUUAGUGUUUUCACAAUGGAAUGACAUUCUCUCUAUUAUUGGUACAUCGUUAAGAUCCAAUGCCGUAUCUUUUCUUCAUUUUGACUCGACAAUAGCUUUGGAAGAAUUUCGCAAUAAUCCAACGAUCAGUAUACUUCUAAUGCCAUUAAGUAGAGGUGCUAAUGGACUCAAUUUAACAGAGGCAACUCAUGUCAUAUUGGCUGAACCAUCGAUGAAUCGUUCUGUUGAAUUACAAGCUAUUGCGAGAGUACAACGUCUUGGUCAAAAAUAUCAGACAUAUGUGUGGCGAUUUAUUAUCGAUGAUACAGUGGAAGAAACAGUGAUCGCCAAUUCACGUACAGCUCAAACAAUGGCAAUAACAACGACACAAUCAAAAGAAAAAUCUGAUUCAAACCUAUCAACAUCAUUUCAAGAUUUUGAACUAUCAUAUGAAAUUAAUAUUGCUAGGAAAAUUUUCUUUAAAUCGUCUCACCCUUUAAAUGACUUACCACUAUUAGAUAAUACUUCAUAA